AUGAUUUUGGCAUAUUCCAAUCCUCAUAUCAUGCCACCAACAGAGCAACAGAGCCAGUCAUCGGCCGGCCGGUCGUUCACCAGCCAAACCGCGUCCGCGGAAGAACUGCUCAAGUCGCAGACCGUUGGUCUCGUCCAUCUUUCGGACUUUCGCAAACGUCGCGCAGAGGUCCUCGAGCAGAAAGAGCGGGAGGCACAUGACAAGUCGUUGGGAAGAGUGACAUCUGGUAAUUCAAGAAGCGCAACUCCUUCUACAAGUGAUGUGACUGACGGUGCUUCGCCGUCUGAGGCACCUCCGAAGAAGAAGAAAAAGAAGCAAUUAGCGAAGAGCAAGCUUUCGUUCGCCGAUGAUGAAAACGAUGAUACCGGUGAUGACUCCGUUGCUACGCCGCGGGAAUCGCGGUCGGUCUCAAAGACGCCUAUAGAAGAGUUGCGACGCAUUGCGCCAAACCCGAAUGCACCACCACCCCCGAAAGCGAUGACAAAGGCUGCGUUGGAAGCAGAGGCACAGACUCGGGACGCUCUUCGGAAGGAAUUUUUGGCGAUGCAGGAGGCCGUUAAGAACACGGAGAUAUUGAUACCCUUUAUUUUCUACGACGGCACGAAUAUCCCCGCUGGCUCCGUGAGGGUUAAGAAAGGAGAUCCGGUAUGGUUGUUCCUUGACCGGUGUCGAAAGGUUGGAGCCGAGCUGGGAGUAGGUGGAAAAGGUGCCUGGAAAGGAGCAGCCAAAGGUCGGAAGGACAAUCGUCGGGAAUGGGCAAGGGUCAGCGUCGACGACUUGAUGCUGGUUAAGGGAGAAGUAAUUGUGCCACAUCAUUACGAGCUAUACUACUUUAUCGCCAAUCGAGUGCCUAGCUUCUCGAAGUCUGGCGGGCUACUGUUCGACUACACCAAUAAACCAUCCCCAGCGCCAGAGACUGAUGACCCUUUAUCACGACCAAAUGAUGAGCAACUGGAAGGUGCUGAUAAAGACCCUGCGUUAACGAAGGUGGUUGAUAGACGAUGGUAUGAGCGGAAUAAGCAUAUCUUUCCUGCUAGCUUAUGGCAUGAAUAUGAACCAGGGGAGGAGUUUGAAGAGAAGAUGACCUCGACGAGGCGCGAUGCUCAGGGGAAUACUUUCUUCUUUUAG